ACUAUCACACCCAAUUUCACAUUCACCACAAACUAUUAUUAAAAUAAUAUUAUAAAAUCCAACCAUAAUUUUUGUCUAUAUUAUUUUGAAAACAAUCCUAUUUAUACAUAAAUUUCCCAUCAAAUUUUCUAUUUGAGUUUUAACUUAUCAUUUCCCCAAAAAGAAAAAAGGGGGACAUAUUAAGUUUCCCUAAAAAAAAACCAAAAUAUCUAUUACUCUAACUUGUUUCUUUUGCCAAACAAGCCUUUAUAAUUAUUGUUAACUCAUUUUGGUAGAAAAUCUCAAUUCCCUUAAAUAGUUAAUUUGCUUCUUUCUUUUUGGGUAUAUAAAUUAGGUUGUGCAAAGCUGGAGAUCCUAAGAGGUACAACAAAAAUGUCUCGUGUUGUAGAUGAUGAUUCUGCUUCUUCAUCACCUACUCUCUUACCUUAUUUCAGUUCAUCUAAUAACCAUCACACCAUGGACCUCGAGGCUAAUGGCGGCAGCGGCGGUGGUAGUGGCGGUGGCGGUGGAAGCUCUGGUCGUCGUGUGUCGUUCUCACCGACUUUAGGGCAGCUCUUGAAGCGCGUGGGGGACGUUCGAAGGGAGGGUACCGGAGAUGAGACCCCAGUCCACCAUACUCUUGCUAUGAGCCCCGAAACACGAGCACUUCCAUUUGUGCUACGAUUCUCGGAGCUGACUUACAAUGUGAAAAUCCAGAGGAAGUUGAGAAUUCCAGGUGUUGCAACCGGAGAGCAGUUUCCCGGCGGAGUAUUCUCUCGUACGAAGACGCUUCUGAAUGAUAUUUCCGGCGAGGCUCGAGACGGCGAGGUUAUGGCCGUGUUAGGUGCGAGUGGGUCGGGGAAGUCAACACUCAUUGACGCCCUAGCGAAUCGAAUUGCAAGGGGUAGUUUAAAGGGGAAGAUAACCCUUAACGGCGAGCCGCUCGAGUCGCGGCUCCUGAAAGUGAUAUCCGCCUAUGUUAUGCAAGAUGAUUUACUCUUCCCUAUGUUAACGGUGGAAGAGACGCUAAUGUUCUCGGCGGAGUUCCGGCUUCCUCGGACUCUAUCAAAGUCGAAGAAGGCGGCGAGGGUUCAGCAAUUGAUUGAUCAAUUAGGGUUAAGAAACGCCGCUAAAACAAUCAUAGGCGAUGAAGGACACCGUGGGGUGUCGGGUGGAGAGCGGCGUAGGGUGUCGAUUGGUAUCGACAUCAUUCACGACCCGAUUAUCCUCUUCCUCGACGAACCCACCUCGGGUUUGGACUCAACUAGUGCCUUCAUGGUUGUGAAAGUUUUACAAAGGAUUGCUCAAAGUGGUAGUAUCGUUGUAAUGUCAAUCCACCAACCUAGCUACCGUAUCAUGGGGUUACUAGACCGUCUUCUGUUCCUAUCAAAAGGACAGACGGUCUACAGCGGUUCACCUUCCGACUUACCGGGUUAUUUCGGGGAGUUCGGGACUCCGAUACCGGAAAAUGAAAACAAAACGGAGUUCGCACUUGAUUUGAUCAGAGAGCUAGAAGGGUCUCAAGGUGGAACCAAAGCUCUGGUGGAGUUUCACAAAGGGUGGCAAAUGAAAAACAGAAGUGCACUCCCUAACAUCGAAGGGGCACCCUUAGACAGUAGGGGUGGGUUAUCCUUAAAAGAGGCAAUUAGUGCUAGUAUCUCAAGAGGAAAACUUGUCUCUGGAGCUACCAACACUGAUGCUAGUCCUGCUUCAAUGGUCCCCACUUUUGCAAACCCUUUCUGGAACGAGAUAAUCACACUGUCUAAAAGGUCUGUGAUGAACUCCCGUCGGACUCCGGAACUCAUCGGAAUCCGACUAGGAGCUGUUCUUGUGACAGGGUUCAUCCUAGCAACAAUGUUCUGGCAACUAGACAAUUCACCUAAAGGUGUUCAAGAGAGACUCGGGUUUUUCGCUUUCGCAAUGUCAACAACAUUCUACACUUGUGCUGACGCUCUCCCGGUGUUCAUCCAAGAGAGGUACAUAUUCAUGCGAGAGACAAACUACAACGCAUACCGUCGAUCCUCCUACGUACUAUCCCACGCACUCACCGCACUCCCUUCAUUAGCCUUCCUUUCACUAGCAUUUGCAGCCACUACAUUCUGGGCAGUCGGCUUAGACGGUGGAGCUUCUGGGUUCUUCUUCUACUUCGGUAUCAUCUUCGCCUCUUUCUGGGCCGGUAACUCCUUCGUGUCCUUCCUCUCAGGGGUAGUCCCUCACGUCAUGCUUGGCUAUGUCAUAGUUGUGGCAAUCCUAGCUUACUUCCUACUCUUUUCGGGCUUCUUCAUUAACCGUGAUCGUAUCCCUGAUUACUGGAUUUGGUUUCACUACAUUUCCCUAGUUAAGUACCCUUAUGAAGGUGUCCUACAAAAUGAGUUUCAAGACCCUACAAAGUGUUUCAUUCGCGGUGUUCAAAUCUUCGACAACACCCCGCUCGGGGCCGUCCCCGGUGCCAUGAAGGUGCGCCUAUUGCAGACUAUCAGUGGGUCGUUAGGGAUGACGAUUACGCCUUCGACGUGUGUGACCACCGGUGCUGAUAUACUCCAACAGCAAGGGGUGACUGACUUGAGUAAAUGGGGAUGCUUAUGGGUUACUGUUGCUUGGGGUUUUUUCUUUAGGAUUUUGUUUUACUUUGCUUUGUUACUGGGAAGCAAGAAUAAGAGAAACUAAAGGAGGUAAAUAACUUGGGUUACGUUUAAAAAUAUUUGUUAUUUUUUAAUUAGUUAAUUAAUUAAUUUACUUGUGAAUUAGGAUUAGUUUGAGGCUAAUCCUUUUUGUUGCUUUUUUAUUUGUUAUUAUUUUAUAAAUAUAAUUGGAUGUUAUCUUUUUGAAUUC